GUAACAACUGUAGGUCUGCUGGGAACAUAUAGGGCGGAGCUAAUUGCCACUUUUUGUUUUGAUGCUUUUUUCUUCAUGUGGGAGCAUUCGCUUGUCUGACGAAAACUAUAAGCCGAUUCUUUUUCAAGGGUAUCUAAUCGUAAGUGGACGACAUGGGACCGGGAUAAAACGACCCAAAGAAAACUUUGCACUUUGCGCAACGGAGUAAUAAGGAACUACACAAUAGGAAUGGUCGUUUUUUAACCAUUUGACAACUUUCAUUGGAUGUUUUCAGAGUUGUGCCAAUCGUUAACGACGGAAAAUUAAUUCCCCCACUCGACCAUUAUUAGAGCACACUUGCCUUAGUUAUGAGAUUCGUCAUGGAGAAGUAGCGUUUCCAGAUAGUCUACCUCCAAAAGGAUGAAAACAGAAGCAGCGAUGGCAGACCAAUCUCUCUGACACGAGUUAUGAGGACUACACAACCUGUGCAACAAAGCGAGCAGGUCUGAUCUGUUUUUGUUUUUACAUCUGGGACUCUAAAGCCUGUGACCAUGGAGGUGGAGGGGAAGGAGGAGGUGAUGGGGGACGCUAAUGUGGAGCUGGUGGAAGGUGCCACCUCGGGUCACACCUGCCGGGUCUGCGGACGCAGUUUCCCUCUCCUGAGCUCUCUGUCCCAGCACAUGCGCAGACACACCCGGGAGAAGCCCUACAAGUGCCCCUACUGCGACCACCGCGCAGCCCAGAAGGGAAGCCUGAAGACCCAUGUGAGAAGCCACAAACUGGGUCUGGUUCUGCAGAGCCUGGGGGCCGAGGGCGAGGCCGGGGGGGAGGCCGGGGCGGAGAAGGGGGACCAGGUGAAGAAGGAGGACUCUGAUAGGCUGGAUGAAGCCGCUCCUCUGACCAAUGGCACCGCUGCCAGGAAGCACAAAGUCAACGGGCGGACGAAGAAGAAGGCCUCUAAGAAGAAGACCAGAGAGGCUGUGAGGGAGGAGCCUCCUCAGACCAGUGGUGAGGCCGCGGAGCCUGCGGAGGCCGAUGGACCGGACUCUGGAGGUGAGGCCGGGGCCGAGGUUGAAAAUGGGGGAGAGGCUGAAACUGAGGGAGAGGCUGUAGCCGAGGCCGGGGCAGAGCUGGAGGCCGGGUCGGGUCCGUUCCCCUGCGGCUCCUGCAGCCAGGUGUUCCCCCGAGCCUCGCUCCUGAAGACCCACAUGAAGAAGCACCGCUCCUCCCAAGACCACGGCUGCCGCAUCUGCGGACGUCGCUUCCGCCAGGCCUGGUUCCUCCAGAGCCACAUGCGGAUCCACCGAGCCAAACCCGCCCCCCGGGGCGCCGAGGGGGGCCAAGCCCCGGCCACCAUCAACGGCGCUCCCCAGGAGCAAGCAGCCCUCGCCAACGACGAGUGCCUCUACGAGCUCUGCGCUGGCUGUGGAAACUUCUUCCACGACCGCAAGACCCUCCGGGUCCACGAGAGGGUCCACAAGCAGAGCCACGCCAGCCAGGCCUCGCCUCCCCAACCCGAGGGUUCCGAGACGCCGGCCGCCAAGGCCCACUUCCUGGGGUGUCUGAACCUCCGUGCGGUAGGGCGCCGUCUGGAGGAGGGGGGCCUGGGAGGGAGGAUUCCUCAGCUGGACCCAGUGAGCAGCUACCAGGCUUGGCAGCUGGCUACGAGGGGGCGGGUGGUGGAGGUGGCGGAGAAGGGCCCGGGCUGGGUGGAGAGGCUGGCGGACGCGGAGGUGGCGUACGGCAAGGACAGAGGCCAGUACGUCCCGGCGAAGACGGACAGGAAGAGGAAGCAGCUGGACGUCGGCCCCGGGGGCAAGAAGAAGAAAGGAGGUCCGGGCGGGGAGGGGUCCGGGGGCCGCGGGGGGGCGCUGCACCGGGGGGGCCGGGCUCUGCUGACCGGACUGACCCCCGAGGCGUUCCUCGCGCUGCAGAAGAAGAGGGUCCGGGAGGGGCACACGGCCACCAGACACCCCAGCAUCAUCACUGACACAACUCACAGAGAUAAGAAGCCAUACUUGUGCGAGCACUGCGACUUCCACACCCCGGACGCCUCCACCCUCAGCGCCCACCUUCUCAGGCAACACAAGGACUUGAUACACCUUCACAACCAGCGCGGCGCCAGUCAGGAUGACCCCAGCGGGUCGAAGGGUUACAUGGGUUACCUCAAGCUCCGCAGCACCCUCCUCAGCCUGCCGGUCUGGAGCCCGUUCGCCGGCUCCGCCUCCCAGCAGAUGAGGCCAGCAGCGAUUGGCCAGCCCGGGACACCAGGAAGCACUGAGGGACGAGGGAGAGGCGAUGCCGCCGGCGACGCCAGCCUCCUCAACCUGUCAGUGCUGGCGGAGGGUCUGAAGGAGGGUCCGGAGGAGGGUCCGGAGGAGGGUCCGGAGGCUGGCGUCGCCAAGCCCGUCGUGCAGGCUGAGGGCCGCUUGGUGCGUCACCAGUGCCCGUACUGCGUCCACACCACCCACUACCCAGAGGUCCUGUGGAUUCACCAGCGCGUGGCUCACAAAGUGGACGGCGCCAAUUCCCAGGCGCCCAAAUGGGCGCCGCACGUCAACGGAGUCAAGGGCGCUAAGUCGGGGGGUGCCAAACCGGGGAGACGAACGGGACCUCCGCCUUUCCUGGAGGGCAAGGACUGCCCCGCCCUCCCUCUGGCGCGGGCUCAGCGGACGCAGCCCCCGGGUGACGCCGCUACGGGCGCCAAGAAAUCGACACCAAAGACUCCACAUCCAAACACCUCGUCUCCCUCUCCCGCUCCCCAGUCCAAACCCACCGCUCAGCCAGCGAGCUCACGCUCGACUGGGGAAAAGGCGCCCUCUAGUGUCCGUAAAACACUCCUACCUCAGAAGAAGUCCAGCGCUCGCCCCGGACACUCGGCGGCGAGCACCGGGAAGCCCCGAUCCUCCGGCGACCGUCCCAAGGUCACGCCGUCAGCCGCCAGUGCCGGCGGCGACAGUCCCGGGCUCUCCUUCCACCCCAGCAGCAGCAGCCUCAGCUACGGCCGACACAGAGCCUCUCCAGAGGGGAGCCUGCUGCCUCAGGAGGGCCUGGGGUUCAUCCUGGCCAGGAACCAGGCCCGCACCGAGCGCGCUCCACACUCCACCCCCGACAGGACCCACCGCCACAACCAAUCGCAAGACACCUCCACCGUCCCCAAGGGUCACGACCUCUGGUCGGUCAUGAACAUGUUCGGGGGUCAUGGAAGUGGGGGCUACCUAGGGCCUGGGGCUCCUCCCAUGGAAGUCGAUCUUCUGAGUCUCCUGAAAAACUACAACCCCCACGAUCUGGCCGCCCUCUACCAGCACUGGGGCUAUGUUGAUCCCAGGUUUGAGCCGCAAGCCAUGCUGCAGGCUAACGGACAUGUGGGACAGGAAGUCCUCUCCUCCUCAGAGGCACCCAAACAAGUCAGUGGCCGGUCCUCCAUGUCCACUCCAUCUCUCCGUAAAGCCACAUGAAGACCCCCACGCCCUCUGCCUCGCCCUCUGCCUCGCCCUCUGCCUCGCCCUCUGCCUCGCCCUCUGCCUCGCCCUCUGGGACCGCUCCGCAGCAGGGCGGGGGAGGCCCAGGCAGCUGGCCUAUGGAUCCUAUCUCAGGAGAAUCUCCCCGGAGUCACGCAGAGAGCAGGCGAUGUUGGUAAAGGCCCAGCGAUGAAUCUCUGGUGUUCAGAGAGCGAAACACCUGCAGUAUGGAUACAGGUCGAACGCUGGCUAGCAGGAUCCCGCCAGCGACAGUUGCCUACGUCUUCCAGGGGUUUGAUGAAAACAUUUGUAGAGCGUUCUCCUAAGCCAAUCAAACACAUUUCCCCGUUAUAUUUGACAGUGUGGAAACGGGUAGUUCAGAUCAGUGGAUUUGUAUUUUUUCAAACAUUCCAAAAAAACAUCAACUGUUGUUUUGCCCAGAAUUGGAUUUUCUUAAACGUCGUGACAGAUUGUGAGGCCUCCUGCUCCUUCAUAGACCAGCUUUUUCUUGGUUUGUUGCUACGGUGAAGUGUGUGUCCACAGGGUGAAAGGAUGGUUUAGUUACCCUCCUACGUUGGGAUCUUCAAGACAUCCAUCGGACCAUUUCAGUUGGAUGCGACGAUGAUAAGCUCUCCCUGCGCUGGUGUUGAUUUACUUUUGCGUGUUCAGUAAUUUAGUUGUCUAAAAUUUUGUGUUGGGUGGAAAUUGUAUUCGCUCGGUUAUGUCAGUGCUCCUCAUCUUGUCGAAGUCAAAACGUUGGAAGGAAGUACCAACUGUCUUGCCAUGAAAUACAAGAAUCAAAAUCUCUACUGGAAACCUUUUGCAUGUUUUUUCUACAUCCACAGCAAGCAACACAAAUGCAACGUUUGAGGUAAAUCUUAGAGAAUGUUUGCUGUGAGGAAACUGACAACCAGUCUCCUACUUUUCUGACAGACUACACGUGAUUCUAGAAAUCAUCUAGGUGUUCGAGCCCAGGUACGGAUGUUUUAAAAUGGUUUACUUUAUUGGAUUCUAUUUAUGUUGUUCAGUAGGUAGGCCCACCUAUCAGUUAUUGGUGAAAUGGCUGCAUUUGAAGGAGAAAUUAGGACUCUACUAUGGACCUAAUAAAGUUAUUACAGGUGCCAGUUUGAACACUGUAGGGCGUAGUAAGGAUUAGUAUCUUGUAUUUACAGCGCAUCCAAUUGAGUUGACUCUGAUGUUUGAUUUUCAAAACAUUAUUUAGUACGGUUUGUCUUAGGUUAUCUUUUUGAAAACAACUUUGUCAGUUGCUUUUUAGUCUGUUUUGUUGUUGUUGUGCCGAGUCAGUGGACAUCUUCCAGUUAAAAUGGCUUCCGCAGCCUUAUGCUAGCUGCACUACAGGAAAGAAAGCCAUGAAACGUCAGUUAAUUCAGAAGUCCAUGCUGCAUUAUUUAUUUAGCUGUACAUAGUACUCGACAUUGUUCAGUUUUGUGUUUUUAAGUGUUGUUUUUGAUAAUGGGAUGAAAUAAGUUGUAAAGUGGUUGAAAUGGACUGGUGAAAUCCCUUUUUUUUGUAUUUUGGACUUGUUUUGAAUCCGAGUGAAACUCAAAGCCAGAUAAACGAGGUGAGCAGUGUUCUGGUGUACAUGAUGGCUGAUACUGUGGGCCUCUGAUCACUGUAAUCAUCUACCCAUGUCAGACUCCGUGAAGCAGAUGAUGCACCGGUUAUUUUCACAAUCGCAAAUGUACAGAAAUUCUUUGGGGCUGUAGAUGACAGUAAGCCGUGUUUUUAAAGUAUUUAAAUUCCACAAACA